CUCCGCUGCGCCCCCGCGGAUCCUUCCCGGUACCGGCGCGGGGAGGCGGGCGCAGCGGAGCCGCCGCGUUUCUCUCGGCGCUGCCAUCGCCGCCCGGCCCGGCCCGUGAGCAACAACACCCACAGCAAGCAAGACCUGUGCCGAAAGGAGGAGGAGGGGAUCUCUAGAGAGUAGGGCCAGGCCAGAGGAGCAGCAUGGACCUCGAUGUGCUCAACAUGUUCGUCAUCGCUGGCGGCACCCUGGCCAUCCCCAUCCUGGCCUUUGUGGCCUCCUUCCUGCUGUGGCCCUCUGCGCUCAUCCGCAUCUACUACUGGUACUGGCGUCGAGCCCUGGGCAUGCAGGUCAAAUACGUAAACUAUGACGACAGCUAUCAGUUCUGUUAUUCCUAUAGAGGAAGACCUGGGUACCGGCCAUCUAUCCUGAUGCUACAUGGCUUCUCAGGCCACAAAGACAUGUGGCUGUCCAUAGUCAAGUUCCUCCCCAAGAACCUGCACUUGGUGUGUGUUGACUUGCCUGGGCAUGAGGGCACAACCCGCUCAGCCUUGGACGAUUACUCCAUUAUGGGACAAGCAAAGAGGAUCCACCAGUUCGUGGAGUGCAUCAAACUGAACAAGAGGCCCUUCCACCUCGUCGGCACCUCCAUGGGUGGGAACGUUGCCGGGGUUUAUGCUGCGCAGUACCCACACGAUGUGUGCAGCCUGACUCUGAUUUGUCCUGCAGGGUUGCCGAGCUUCACCGAUAGCAAAUUUGUCAAGAUGCUCCGGGAGCUGAAGGAGUCCGAGCGCACUGACAGGAUCCCACUGAUUCCCUCCACACCCGAGGAGAUGGCCGACAUGCUGAAGCUCUGCUCCUACGUUCGCUUCAAGGUGCCACAGCAGAUCCUUCAGGGCCUGGUGGACGUCCGCAUCCCACACAACGAUUUCUACAGAAAAUUGUUUUUAGAAAUUGUGGAUGAGAAGUCCCGGCACUCUCUCCAUGAGAACAUGAACAAGAUCAAAGCACCGACGCAGGUCAUCUGGGGAAAGCAGGACCAGGUCCUGGAUGUUUCUGGUGCUGACAUCUUAGCAAGUGCCAUCCCGGACUGCCACGUGUCCAUCCUGGAGAACUGUGGCCACUCGGUGGUGGUGGAGCGGCCACGCAAGACAGCAAACCUCAUCCUGGAGUUCCUGGCAAUGCUGCACAGCACAGGCAACAGCAAGAAGCAGGCGUGAUGAGGCUGGAGCUGUGCCGAGGCCGCGUCUCGGAGCUGUAACACAUCGAAGCAUUGAUGAGUUCUCAGGGAUUUGUACAAACCGUGGUGAACGUGCCAAAGUCCCUGAGGCAGCAGAGUCACUGACACACCGACCUAGAGCACUGCUGACACAGCGACCUACGACCUCUGAGCAGCCCACGUAGACGCAGGAACAGGACCCGAACCUUUUCUACUCCUAGGUUAAGUAGAAAUGAGCAGAAACCACAACCCGCUAGCCAUGCAGUGUGUUGAAGCUCCCAGUGCAGCCCACGUUGCCCACAUUACUGGCACACAGUUGUGAAUGACAUCCCCUGGACUCUCUGACAAACGCAGGGGACAGGAGGCGUCCCGGAGCAGGGCUCGCCGUGUUCCCAGCCCUGACCGCCGCGUUGCAUGCUGCCGUGCUGUGCGAACCCCGCGCUCUGGGCACGGCGCUCCUUUCCUUGCUCAGAUGAUGAGAGAGAACACGUGGAAGUCACACGGCUGUGUGUGUGGAUGCCUUCACACUUCGGCUGUGCAGAUUUCCUCAGAUCCCUGAGCAGCUCCUGUGCAUGUGUGAUGCCUUAACAGCCUGUGAGCAGCCCACGGGGGAGGGCGGGCGCGGGGCGAGGGUGUCUCGGCUCUUCUCUGUCCCCUUGUGCUGCAGAAUGCUCCGAUGUAAAUAACACAUUUCUUAAUGAAUUCCGUGAAUUCUGUGAUUGGUGACGGUGCUGAAAACGUGUGGAAGAGGGGAACCGGCCGGUGCGUGACGGCCAUCAUGCCCAGGUACCUGUACAUAUAUUUGGAACUCCCCAGUGGUUUCUCUGCUCUUUUUGAGAGAAGAAACAUUUGUUCUUUUGGAAAAUGAACAAUUUCCUGUUAAUCGCUUGUUAUGGUUUCUACUAAAGGAGUUGAUUUAAAAAAAAAACAUAAUUAAAAAAAAAAAAGAUGGAUAGUUUUACGUGGUAAAAAACAGAAAAGAAAUGUUUGGGUAUCUGUAUGGUUUCUCAUAUGCCACAGAUUGCUGUCUGCAGAGGAUUUCUAUGGCAAUUAAAAUCUAGGAAUUUAAAAAGCA